AUGUCUGGCUUAGUACAAACAAAUGCUUGGAAAAAUUUAAAGAGACUUUAUGAUACAGUUGGUAUCAAUCUUAAUCUUCGACAAUUGUUUGCCGAUGAUGAGAAACGUUUUCAAAAUUAUCUAUUACAAAUUGAAACAGCCGAUGGACCAUUUUUAUUUGAUUAUUCAAAGAAUUUAAUCAACGAUGAAGUCCUACGGGAACUAUUCGCUCUAUGUCGUGAAUGUAAUGUUGAAGAAAAACGAAGCAAAAUGUUUGCAGGCGAAUUAAUUAAUUUCACUGAAAAACGUGCUGUCUUACAUACAGCAUUACGUGCACCGAAAGAUGGAAAGCCUGUUUUAGUCGAUGGAAAAAAUGUUUUACCCGAUGUUCAUCGAGUUUUAGGCCAAAUGAAAACAUUUUCAGAAUCUAUUCGUAGCGGCCAAUGGAAAGGUUAUACAGAUAAAUCAAUUACCGAUGUUGUUAAUAUUGGUAUUGGUGGAUCUGAUCUUGGCCCAUUGAUGGUUACGGAAGCAUUAAAACCAUAUUCAAAAAAUGGUCCAAAUGUUCAUUUUAUUUCGAAUAUCGAUGGUACACAUAUUAGUGAAACUGUAUCGAAAUUGUCACCGGAAACAACAUUAUUUAUAAUUGCAUCGAAAACGUUUACAACUCAAGAAACAAUAACAAAUGCUGAAUCAGCUAAAGAAUGGUUUCUCAAUCAAGCGAAAGAUCAAAGUCAUGUUGCUAAACAUUUUGUUGCUUUAUCAACAAAUACACAGAAAGUAACUGAAUUUGGCAUUGCAAGAGAAAAUAUGUUCGAAUUUUGGGAUUGGGUUGGCGGUCGUUAUUCUCUCUGGUCAGCUAUUGGCCUUUCGAUUGUAUGUUCGAUUGGUUUUGAAAAUUUUCAACAAUUAUUAGCCGGUGCACAUGCUAUGGAUAAACAUUUUCAAGAAAUGCCAUUAGAAAAAAAUCUACCGGUUAUUAUGGCUGUACUCGGUAUAUGGUAUAAUAACUUUUUUGGAGCUGAAACACAGGCUAUCUUACCCUAUGACCAAUAUAUGCAUCGUUUUGCAGCUUAUUUUCAACAAGGUGAUAUGGAAAGCAAUGGAAAAUAUCGAACAAAAGACGGGAAACAAGUCGAUUAUUCAACUGGUCCAAUUCUUUGGGGUGAACCUGGUACAAAUGGUCAACAUGCAUUUUAUCAAUUGAUCCAUCAAGGUACAAAAUUAAUACCCUGCGAUUUCAUAGCUCCAGUUGAAACCCAUAAUCCAUUACGUGAUAAUCUUCAUCAUAAGAUCUUAUUGGCGAAUUUCCUCGCUCAAACUGAAGCACUAAUGCGUGGUUUAACGGAAGAAGAAGUUCGAAAAAGUGGCAGUGGAAGUGAUGAACUUCUUAUCUUUCAUAAAACAUUUCGUGGUAAUCGACCAACAAAUUCAUUUGUUUUACCACGUUUGACACCGUUUACAUUGGGUUUAUUAACUGCUGCAUAUGAACAUAAAAUAUUUGUUCAAGGACAAAUUUGGGACAUUAAUUCCUAUGAUCAAUUUGGUGUUGAACUUGGCAAACAAUUAGCAAAAGCUAUUUUACCUGAAUUAGAUGCAACUCAGCCUGUUACAACUCAUGAUUCAUCAACAAAUGGUUUACUUAACUUUAUUAAUAAAUAUAGAAAAUGGACACCAACAGCUAACAAAUAA